GCGCGUCCACGAGACAGAGUUCAGAAAACACACACACAGUCAGCAGCGCACGAACGCAAACACACGCAAGACCCAGGCGAAGUUAUCAAAUACACCGCAGCCGAGUAUCCACCACCACCACCACCACCAUCAUCAUGCCGGCCACAGAAAAGGAUCUUGCGGACGACGCGCCGUGGAAGAAGAUCCAGCAGAACACGUUUACGCGCUGGUGUAACGAGCACCUGAAGAGCGCGAACAAGCGCGUGGCCGACCUGCAGCAGGACCUGAGCGACGGACUGCGGCUCAUCGCGCUGCUGGAGGUGCUGAGCCAGAAGAAGAUGUUCAGAAAAUACCACAGCAGACCCACUUUCAGACAGAUGAAGCUGGAGAACGUGUCCGUGGCGCUCGAGUUCCUGGACCGGGAGAACAUCAAGCUCGUGUCCAUCGACAGCAAAGCGAUUGUAGAUGGGAACCUGAAGCUGAUCCUGGGUCUAGUAUGGACCCUCAUCCUCCAUUACUCCAUCUCUAUGCCCGUCUGGGAGGAUGAAGACGAUGAUGAAGCCAAGAAACAGACGCCCAAGCAGAGGCUGCUGGGCUGGAUCCAGAACAAAGUGCCUGACCUUCCCAUCACCAACUUCAGCCAGGACUGGAGGAACGGCAGGGCUCUGGGGGCUCUGGUGGACAGCUGCGCUCCAGGGCUGUGUCCUGACUGGGAGAUCUGGGACUCAGAGAAGCCUGUGGAUAACGCCACGGAGGCCAUGCAGCUCGCAGAUGAUUGGCUGGGAAUCCCACAGGUUAUUGCUCCAGAGGAGAUCAUUGACCCCAGUGUGGACGAGCAGUCAGUCAUGACAUAUUUAUCACAGUUCCCCAAAGCCAAACUGAAGCCCGGAGCUCCUCUCAAACCCAAACUCAACCCAAAGAAAGCGCGCGCAUACGGUCCAGGUAUUGAGCCGACAGGUAACCGCGUGAUGCGUCCGGCAGUGUUCACUGUGGACACGUUCAGUGCGGGUCAGGGCCAGGUCAUGGUGUAUGUAGAAGACCCAGAGGGCCGCAGAGAGGAGGUGAAACCUGUGCUGAAUGAAGGGAAGAAGACCUACAGCGUCACCUACGUCCCUCAGGUCAUGGGGACACACAAGGUUACCGUUCUUUUCGCUGGACAACAAAUCCCAAAGAGCCCAUUUGAGGUGAACGUAGACAAAGCCCAAGGAGACCCGACCAAAGUGACCGCUAAAGGACCCGGACUGGAGCCGCUGGGAAACAUCGCCAACAAACCCACAUUCUUCGACAUCUACACUGCAGGUGCUGGAGUGGGAGACGUGACGGCCGUCAUUAAAGACCCUCUGGGUAAUAAAAACACUGUGGAGGCUGUAAUGGAGGACAAGGGUGAAAACGUCUUCCGCUGCACAUACAAACCAGUGCAAGCCGGUCCUCACACAGUCAACAUCACAUUCGGAGGCAUCGCCAUCCCGAAGAGCCCCUUCGCUGUCAACAUUGGCCCAGCGUCUGUCCCGGGUGCAUGCCGGGCCACCGGUCGAGGUCUGCAGCCCAGAGGAGUGAGAGUUCGGCAGGUGGCGGAUUUUAAAGUGGACACCCGUAAUGCUGGAAGUGGAGAUCUGAAGGUCACCGUUAAAGGACCCAAAGGUCUGGAGGAGCCAGUGAAACAGAAGGACGCCUCAGAUGGUGUUUACUCUUAUGAAUAUUAUCCACACGCUACUGGCAAAUACAGCGUCUCCAUCACCUGGGCUGGACAGCACAUUCCCAAGAGCCCUUUCGAGGUUCAUGUGGGCUCUGAAGCAGGACCGCAGAAGAUCCGUGCCUGGGGUCCAGGUCUGGAGGGAGGCAUAGUGGGAAAAUCUGCAGACUUUGUGGCUGAAUCCAUCGGGACUGAUGUCGGGAUACUCGGUUUUGCUAUCGAGGGUCCGUCCCAGGCCCGCAUCGAGUGUGAGGAUCAGAACGACGGCUCAUGUGACGUCAGAUACUGGCCCACCGAAGCCGGAGAAUACGCCGUUCAUGUCAUGUGUGAUGAUGAAGACAUCGAGGACAGUCCCUUCAUGGCCAUCAUCGUCCCUGAUAACAAAGCCAACAACCCCGGCCUGGUGAAGGCUUACGGGCCGGGCUUGGAGAAAUCCGGCUGCAUCAUAAACAAACCUGCUGAAUUCACUGUAGAAGCCACAGAUGCAGGAGCCGGACCACUGAAGAUCACAGCACAGGAUGCUGCUGGUGUCCCGGUGGAGGUGAAGGUGAAAAGCAGAGGCGACCAGGUUUACUCUUGCUCAUACACACCGACCGCCGCCAUCAAACACACACUGGCAGUGAGCUGGGCUGGUGCCAGUGUUCCCAACAGCCCCUUCAGGGUGAAUGUGGGCAAGGGAAGUCAUCCUCAUAAAGUGAAGGUGUUUGGUCCUGGAGUGGAGAAAACAGGACUGAAGGCUCAUGAACCCACACACUUCACUGUAGACUGCACUGAAGCUGGAGAAGGGGAUGUGAGUGUUGGAAUCAAGUGUGAAGCCAAUGUAAUCAGCGGACAAGAAGAGGAUGUGGAUUUUGACAUCAUUCCCAAUGCCAACGACACUAUUACUGUUAAAUAUAUUCCUCCUGGAGCCGGACGACUCGUUAUUAAAGUCCUGUUCACUGAUCAGGAAAUUCCGGUCAGUCCAUUCCGUGUUAAAGUGGAUCCGUCUCACGACGCCUCUAAAGUCAAAGCAGAGGGACCAGGAAUCGCACGAGCAGGUGUGGAGAGUGGAAAACCAACACACUUCACAGUUUACACUAAAGGAGCAGGUAAAGCUCUGCUGGAUGUGCAGUUUUCUGGCCCAAAUAAAGCACAACCUGUCCAAGACUUCGAGAUCAUUGAUAACUAUGACUAUUCCUAUACUGUCAAGUACACACCAGUCCAGCAGGGAGAGAUGGUGAUAACAGUAAGCUACGGUGGAGACCCGAUUGCUAAAAGCCCCUUCGCUGUCGGUGUCGCAGCUCCACUCGACCUUAGCAAGAUUCAAGUGGAUGGCCUGGAAAACCGAGUACAAGUUGGUGAGGAUCAAGAGUUUGCUGUUGGUACUAGAGGAGCAGGUGGGCAAGGCAAACUGGAGGUCAAGGUUACCAGUCCGUCAGGGAAAUCUGUGCCCUGCUUGGUGGAGCCUGGUAAAGCAGGCAGUCUGGUCAAAUACAUCCCUAAAGAGGAGGGUGUUUACAUGGUGGAGCUGCUCUAUGAUGGGCAUCUGGUGCCCGGAAGCCCCUUUCCUGUGGAAGCCAUGUUGCCUCCAGAUCCCAGCAAGGUCAAGGCGUUCGGUCCGGGACUGAAGGGUGGUCUUGUUUCAAGUCCUGCUGAGUUCACCAUCGACACUAAAGGCGCAGGAACCGGUGGUCUCGGCCUCACCGUUGAGGGUCCGACCGAAGCCAAAAUCGAGUGCUCUGAUAACGGCGACGGCACUUGCUCCGUGUCGUACCUUCCCACAGAACCUGGAGAAUAUCUGGUCAAUAUCCUCUUCGAGAACGUCCACAUUCCUGGAUCACCUUUCCACGCCGACGUCCAGUACCCGUUUGAUCCCACUAAAGUGUUAGCGUCAGGCUCAGGCCUAAAACGAGGAAAAGUUGGCGAAGUCAGUGUGUUAAAUGUGGACUGCACCACAGCCGGACCGGGACUGCUGACGCUGGACGCCGAGUCUGAUUCUGGAGUCAAGGCUAAGACGGAGGUUUUGGAUAAUAAAGACGGGACGUACACGGUCACUUAUAUCCCGCUGACUGCAGGCAUGUACACAUUACAGCUGAAAUACGGAGGAAAGAGCGUUCCCAGCUUCCCUGCUAAAGUGAAAGUGGAUCCGGCUGUGGAUACUAGCAGAGUGAAGGUGUUCGGGCCAGGAGUCGCUGGAGAAGGAUCAAGAUGGUAAACUUAAGAAAGCCAACAUUCAGGACAACAGAGACGGGACCUACAGAGUGUCUUAUGUACCGGAUAAAGUGGGUCGAUACACUAUUGUGAUCAAAUAUGGCGGAGACGAGAUCCCGACAUCUCCAUAUCGAGUCAGAGCCACGACUUCAGGAGAUGCCAGCAAGUGUACAGUCAGCGGACCAGGCAUCGGGCCCACCAUCGGUAUCGGGCAGGAGGUGGGCUUCAUGGUGAACACUAAAGGUGCAGGAAAGGGGAAUCUCUGCUGUGUGGUGCUCACUCCGGACGGCAGCGAGGUGGAGGCAGACGUCAUCCAGAAUGAGGACGGCACAUUCGACAUCUUCUACACCGCACACAAACCCGGGACAUACGUCAUCUACGUGCGCUUCGGUGGAGAAAACAUUCCCAAGAGCCCCUUCAAAGUCAUGGCUACGGAUGAAGCUCCCAUGAUGCAACAGCAGUCAGUCCAGCAGCAGCAGUCGGCGGCUCCAGCCAUGGGUUUCCAGCCCUGGGUCACAGAUGGCUCGUAUGUUCCUGCAAACAGUGUGAACGGGACGGGCUACAGACCCUUCGAUAUGGUCAUCCCCUUCACCUUUAGUAAAGGAGAAAUCACAGGUGAGGUUCACAUGCCGUCAGGAAAAAGCGCUCAGCCGGAGAUCAUCGAUAAUAAAGACGGGACGGUGACGGUCAAAUACUCGCCAACAGAGGCUGGGCUUCACGAAAUGCACAUUAAAUACAACGGCACGCACAUCCCAGAGAGUCCUCUGCAGUUCUUUGUCAACAAUGCUAACAGUCCUAAUGUAACGGCGUACGGCCCAGGUCUGGUCUAUGGCACGGCCAAUAAAACCGCCAUGUUCACCAUCUACACUGAAGAUGCGUCUGAAGGUGGUCUGGAUCUGGCCAUUGAAGGGCCGUCGAAGGCUGAGAUCAGCUGUGUGGACAAUAAAGACGGCACCUGUACGGUUUCAUACCUGCCCACAUUGCCUGGAGAUUAUAAUAUACUUGUACGAUACAACGACAAGCACAUCGCUGGAAGCCCCUUCACCGCCAGGAUUACAGAGGAUAAUAAGCGUAAGUCUCAGGUGAAGCUGGGCUCUGCAGCUGAUUUCUCUCUGGACAUCAUGGAGACUGACCUUAGUCUGCUCACCGCCAGCAUUAAAGCCCCGUCUGGACGCGACGAGCCCUGCUUACUGAAGAGGCAGCCAAACAAUCACAUCGGAAUCUCCUUCAUACCAAGGGAAGUGGGUGAGCACCUGGUGAGCAUUCGGAAGAACGGCCGGCACGUGCCCAACAGUCCCAUCAGCAUCACUGUGGUUCAGUCAGAGAUCGGUGACGCUGGCCGGGUGAAGGUGUUCGGGACGGGCCUGCAGGAGGGACAAACCUUCCAGAUGGCAGACUUCACUGUGGACACCAGAGAAGCUGGCUAUGGUGGUCUGGCGUUGUCCAUCGAGGGUCCCAGCAAAGUGGACAUCCAGACAGAAGACAUGGAGGACGGCACAUGUGGAGUCUCAUACUGUCCCACUGAACCGGGAACCUACAUUGUGUCCAUCAGAUUUGCAGAAGAGCACGUCCCAGGUAGUCCGUUCAGUGUAAAGGUGACUGGAGAAGGUCGAAUCCGCGAGAGCAUCAGUCGACGUCAGAAAGCAGCUUCAGUUUCCAGUGUUGGAAGUGUUUGUGAUCUCAACCUCAAGAUCCCAGAGGUGGACAUUAGUGACGUGACGGCUCAGGUCAUCAGUCCGUCUGGAGCCACAGAAGAGGCUGAUCUGGUGUCAGUGGGGAAUCAGACAUACUGUGUUCGCUUCGUGCCGCAGGAGACCGGUGUUCAUUUGGUAAACGUGCGGUACCGUGGGCAGCACGUUCCCGGAUCCCCCUUUCAGUUCACCGUGGGGCCGCUGGGGGAAGGAGGAGCGCAGAAGGUGAGAGCUGCGGGACCCGGACUGGAGAAAGCAGACGUCUGUGAGCCAGCUGAGUUUACCGUGUGGACUCGUGAAGCAGGGGCUGGUGGUUUAUCAAUCGCUGUGGAAGGGCCGAGUCGAGCUGAAAUCUCAUUUGAGGAGAGGAAAGACGGAUCAUGUGGAGUCUCAUAUGUAGCUCAAGAGCCUGGAGACUAUGAAGUGUCUAUAAAGUUCAAUGAUGAGCACAUUCCUGAAAGCCCAUUCCUGGUUCCAGUGUUUGCUCCUGUAGACGAUGCCCGCCGCCUCACUGUUACCAGCCUUCAGGAGUCUGGCCUGAAAGUGAAUCAGCCGUCCUCGUUUGCGGUGCGACUGAACGGGGCGAAGGGAUCCAUCAGCGCUAAAGUGCACAGUCCAUCCGGAGCGCUGGAGGAGUGUGCGGUGUCUGAGCUAGAACAAGAUAAGUACGCCAUUCGUUUUAUCCCGCGAGAGAACGGCAUCCACGUCAUCGACGUGAAGUUCAACGACACACACAUCCCCGGCAGCCCCUUCCAGAUCCGUGUGGGAGAGCCAGGACAGGGCGGAGAUGCGGGACUCGUCACGGCUUAUGGACCCGGAUUGGAGAGAGGAACCACAGGAAAUCAGGCCGAGUUCAUAAUCAACAACACUAAAGCGGGGCCGGGGUCCCUGUCGCUCACUAUCGAGGGCCCUUCUAAGGUGAAGAUGGAGUGUCAGGAGUGUCCCGAAGGCUUCAAAGUGCACUACACACCGAUGGCCCCUGGAAACUACAUCAUCACUGCCAAAUACGGAGGUCCCAACCACAUCACCGGCAGCCCGUUCAAAGCCAAAGUGACCGGUCCGCGUCUGGUGAACGUGAGCAGCGUGAGUGAAAUGUCAUGUCUGAUGGUGGAUUCCGUGACUCGCUCCACCAGCUCGUCUGCCAGCAGGGUCAGCAGUCGAGGCCCUGGACUCAGCAAGGCCUUCAUCAGCCAGAAAGCCUCUUUCACUGUUGACUGCAGUAAAGCUGGGAAGAACAUGCUCCUGGUGGGUGUUCACGGUCCUCAAACCCCCUGCGAGGAAAUCCUGGUCAAACACAUGGGAAACAUGCAAUACAACGUCAGCUAUGUCCUGAAGGAGCGAGGAAACUACAUUCUGGCUGUCAAAUGGGGAGAUGAACACAUCCCAGGCUCUCCAUUCACUGUCACCGUCCCAUAAUGCCCUGUACUUCGUCCUUCUAAAAACACUCCAGAGACACUGUAAAAACACACAUCCAGACCCUCUUCAUUCUGAUGAACUUUGCACUUGAUCAGGUUUUCGACUGGAAUGUGAUGCAUUAUGACUGUAACGGCAUGUUAUGAUGCAUGAAUUGUGCAUUUCUGUUUGUCGAUUUGGUUUUUAGAGAGUUCAGAUGAUCUUGUAUGAACAAACUGAUUAGGGUUCAACACCCAAAAACGUCUCUUAACUACUGAUACUGACUUUAAUUGUUCGUCUAGUUCAUUUUAAUGCACAUAUUAUAACAUUGUCUGUAUUUGAUUCUUGCUGUUUAAUCUGAGCUGUGACAUUAAUCGAAGCAUCGUCCAUAAAAACACUUCAAAUCAAGCACUGCUUUUGUCAUCUCAGUAGGUUUCACUACUAAAUAUUGAACAUUUAUAUAGAAAAAGGUUAAAUUUAUUAGACUUUCAGAGCCCUCAAGACCAAAAACAUCCAGUAUUCUUGAAUUAAUUUGGCUUUUUUUUUUGUUUGAAGACACUAAUAUUCAGUCACAGUAAUGGAUUGAUGCAGAUUUAAUAUGAUUAUUUUCAUCAUUUGUGUUUGUCUUAAAUCAUCUACUAGUUUUGAUACUCCAGUGGUUAAGUAUUUUGUAAGUCUUUUAAGGGCAAGAGGGGACAUAUAAUUGUAUUAUCUAUUAGCCAUUGGUGCCUUAUUGUGUAACACGUGAAUAGAUCUGAUGUACAUUUGCUUAUUAAAAUUGAAUGGAAUAAAUAAUUUAGAAGCUA